GCGCGCGGUCAUUCCAGUCCGGGACUCCGACGUAGGCACACGUGCUUGCCCGCGAACCGCACGCGUACCGACCGCACUCGCAACUUCGCUACGUAAAAUGAAGUGCUUGAAACUCGGUGUUCUAUUGACUUUGAUUUGGGUGGUAUCCAGCGAUGCUGCUGAGGUGCAACUCAAGCAGGAGCUGCAGGCGAUGGCUGAGCAGAUCGAGAUCCUGAAGACGCUGCACCUGACCGACAUCACCAGGAUGAAGAUGGAGAUCGAAGAGCUCAAGCAAAGCGUCCCAACCAACAACUACGAGCGCAACGAGCAAAUGACUCUGCAGUGGGCGAAGACCUCUAUGAGUGAGCUACGCAUGGAGCUCCGUGAGCUCAGCGAGAACGUUAACAACUCGGUGUUGCUGCGCCAGCUGCACAUCAUUCGGAACGAGCUCAAGCAGGCUCUGAGCGAAACCUCGGAUCUAGCGCAACUAGCUCGCACGCAGGAGACCAGGGUCGACAAGCUGGACUGCGCUGCAGGACGGCUCAAGUACGAGGGUCAGCAGAUGAGGUCCGCUGUCGCCGAAAUUAGGACUCACGUCGCGAAAAUGGCUAAGGAGCUGAAGACAAAGCAAUUGGAAGAGAUCAACCCUAACAGCUACAACGACGUACUGGAACCGCAUGAGCUGCGGGCCGGCAAACUGAAGCACGAGCGCAAUCACAAAUAUCGGCACAACAAGAUGAUCCACGCGCAGAUCUCCCGCCUCGCCCGCAGCCAGGACGAGCUCGACGUUUACCAGCAGAACCUGCAGACCCAGAUCCUCGACGUCCAACGCCGCCUUGACCGCUUCGAAGAACCCAAUUGGAACCUCCUCUCUGCCAAAGUUGAAUUCCUGGAACUCGAAACCAAAGUCCUGCGUGAGGAAAUGAAAAAUACCUCGCAGAAGAUUUCAGACGUCGACAAGGUCCAUGCUUCUAUUUUGGAACUGCGAGAGGACGUUGAAGGAAUCGAAAAUAAGGUCGAUAAAACUAUUCCGGAGUUCAGGAAGGAGAUAUCGAAGCUGGAAGUGAGCUUUGCACAGUUAAACGCCCAGUCUUCGUACCUAAAGGAAGACCAGGAGAACUUGCGUCAGUCCGUCAAGGCCAUCGCCGUCAGCGUCAGUAAUGCGAUCGACCGCGCUGAGAUGGAUCGCCUUACGAUGAAGAAGAUCAACGAUUCGGUCUACGAGCUCCAGACCAGGUCUAAGGAACACUUCUACCGCCUCAAUGACCAUAUCCUGAAGAGCGAAUCCAACUCAGCCGAUGCAAAUGCCACCGAGAUCUCGCUCCCGGAACUGAUGGGCGAAGUCAAGGAACUACAACCAGUGCAGCGGGAAUACGAGGAUCUCGUCAACCAGCUUCCCAGGGACUGCUCCAAUAUCUCCGCCCCGGGCACCUACAUCAUCCAUCCCGGACACAAGACCGUCGACACGUGGUGCUCUAACGGAACAACCCUCAUCCAGCGCAGAUGGAAUGGCACCGUGGAGUUCAACAGGAAGUUCUCUGAAUACGUCUAUGGCUUCGGAAACCCCGCUUCGGAAUAUUGGCUCGGCCUGGAGACCAUGCACCUGCUCACCGCCAACAACUGCUCCUCCAUGAGGAUCGAUAUGUCUGACAUUUACGGCGGCUCUUGGUAUGCUCAGUACGAUCACUUCUAUGUUGGCAGCGGCGACACCGGCUACGUGCUUGAGGUCAGUGGAUUCAAAGGAAACGCUAGCGAUGCUUUCGACUACCAAAACCAUAUGGAAUUCUCGGCCAUCGACCGCGACCGCGACAUCUCUAACACCCACUGCGCCGGAAAUUACGAGGGCGGCUGGUGGUUCUCACACUGCCAGCACGUGAACAUCAACGGCAAGUACACUCUGGGCCUCACGUGGUUCGACUCGGUGAGGAACGAGUGGAUCGCCGUCGCCACCACCGAGAUGCGCAUGUUCCGCCGACCAGGCUGCUCUUAAGCGAAUUACAAUAAGCAUACGAUUAUUGACCUUAAUAUUUAAUAAUACCAAAGAUCUUAAGUAUAAGCGAGGGUACCUAUUUCGAUUAUAUUAGAUAGACGGGCUGUAGAAAUAUAUGUCUUAUUUUAUAAUUUAUAUCUUUCUGCUUCCAAUGUCAGGGACAAUGCCUCUAUCGGAACCUCAGGGAGGUGCUCUACAAUACCGUCCUAAAGAAUGUCUCACAUGUCUAUAACGUUAUUAUAUUUUAUAAUUAUUUCUCGUCUAUCUGUUUCAACUGUCCUCACAGCUGUACAUAUUUGAUUUUACCGUCAUAUCUUAUCUCUGCUUCGUACUUAUAAUAGGAUUAGUGUAAGGAUCUAUUGAUCAAGGCAUGAAAUGCUUGCGCAGGCCUGUAAUUAUGUUCGUUGCGUUAAAUUUAUCGUAUAAUAUCGUUAUAUUUAUUCGAUAUCAUAUGUAAAAAACGUCACGCACGACGAAAAACAUUGUUUUUCGUUGUCAAAAGUCGAAUUUCGACAAAUUGAUUGACAGAAUUUGCCGUAGUAUUUAUUAUAUUAUAGGUUAUCUUUACGUACUCAUAUUUGAAAAGUGUAUAUAUACUGUCAAUCGAUUAGUGAGUAAGAAACAGUUAUGAAUAUUUAUUUUGAAUUUUAAAAAAGGAACGAAAUAACAGUCAGAAGGGUAUUAACCGCAUUUAAUCAAUAUCAAUGUGUAGUGAGUAGAUGAAUUUGUUCGGAUCAUUCUAACCGAUUUAUUCUAUAGUAAUAAUACCAUACCAUGUACCAAUGGAAGAAAACCAAAUAAAUUAUGAAAAUAUA